UUAUAGACUCUUAUGCUUUGUUUGGGUUGGAAUAGAAAGCUAAAGGAAAGAAAGUGGAAGGAUUGAUAGUUUGAUGAAUGAGAGUGACUGGAAAGGAAAAUGAAUUUUUAGAUGUUUGAUAAAAGUAAAAGUCGAAGGAAAGUAAGAGGUAAGAUGGCUAGAUAUACAAUGAAUGACAUAAAUGUUGAAGUUGGUGAAGUAACUCAAGUGUUGUAACCAGUUAUUACAAGUAGGGGUGGACAAGAACCGUUCAUCCGGCCAAAUCCGCCGGUAACCGAAAAAGAAAACCGAAAUGGACGGGUUCAAACGGUCUACCGGGUCAGUGAUUAAAAUAUAGCAGUUUCAAUUGGGUUUAUAUGGGCGGGUCGGGUUCAAAAUUCUGAACCGUCGGAUACCCUAACCCGCCCAAUUGAGAUACCCUCCUAGGGUUUUCCAGCAGCCAAAGUUCAUUCUGUUCUCUCACUCACACCCAAUACCAGUAAGCAUUUUUUGUUCUCUCACUCACAGCCGCACCUCCAUGAAAAUAUUCUAGCUUCAAUUCUCAACAUCGUUCCACCACCAUCAUUCACCACCCACCACCUUCAACUCUCACCACUCACCGUCCAAUUUUCAAUCCACGCGCCGCUUUCGGUUUCCGCUGCUUCCACACCUCAGCUCAUCUUCCAACGCUUCGUGGCUCGCCGCUCUUUUCCGCCAACACACUCACCGCUAAUUCCGUUCCGAUAUAAAAAUCAAAAUAUUGCAGUUAAAAUUAUCAACAAGGGAGAAACACCAGAAGAGAUUUCAAGGAGAGAGGCUCGGUUUGGUAGAGAGGUUGCAAUGCUAUCGAAAGUUCAACACAAAAAUUUAGUCAGGGUUGGUGUUGUUUCUGAUUAUGACUUGUCUAAAGCAGAAAACAAUGAUGGGUCAGCCUAAUCAAACUAUACCUACUCAAUCUGUCAUGAAUGAAGUUGGUUCAACAGCAACAACUGAAGUUGUUGGAGCAGAAUUAGUUAAUACCCAACCUACAAAGAAGAGGAAAGUUAGUGCAAGUGGUUCUAGGCAAUCAUCUGCUUGUUGGGAGCACUUUAUUAGAUUACCAGAUGACUUAGUUGAUACACCAACUGCAGCUUGUAAACACUGCCACAAAAAAUACCUAUGUGACCCUAGGACUCAUGGCACCACCAACAUGAACCAUCACAUUCUAAAAUGUGCAAAGAAGCCUAGAACCAUUGAUCCCACCCAAACUAUUCUGACAUACCCCUCUGCAGAAGGAUCUAGUUUGGGUCAUGUUAGCUCCAAAUUUGACAAGCAAGCUUGUAGAAAAGCUUUGUCAAUUUUUGUGGUUCUAGAUGAACAACCAUUUAGUGCAGUUGAGGGGGAAGGUUUUAAGUACUAUUCUAAAGUAAUGCAGCCCCAGUUUACUCUCCCAUCUAGGCGUACAGUAGCUAGAGACUGUUUUCAGCUACACUUGGAUGAGAAACAAAAACUAAAAGCCUUCUUUAAGUCUGACUGCAAUAGAGUAGCACUUACUACUGAUUGUUGGACUUCUAUCCAAAAUCAAAACUACUUAACCCUUAUGGCACACUUUGUGGAUAACGAAUGGAACUAUCAAAAGAGAAUUAUAAGCUUCACAGUUAUUCCAAACCACAAGGGUGAUACGGUAGGCAGGAAGAUUGAAGAGGUGUUAAGGGAUUGGGGAAUUAGGAAUGUGUCUACCAUAACUGUUGAUAAUGCAACUUCAAAUGAUGUAGCUGUAGCAUAUUUGCAUAGAAAAAUAUCAACUAUGAAUGGGAUGAUGGGGGAUGGAAAAUGUUUUCAUAUGAGGUGCGCUGCUCACAUAUUGAAUUUGGUGGUAAAUGAGGGUUUGAAAGAUAAGCAUUUGUCUAUUACUAGUGUUAGGGAUGCUGUUAGAUUUGUCAAGUCCUCACCUCAUAGGGCAGCCAAGUUUAAAGAGUGCAUUGAAUUUGCUGGAAUAACUUGUAAAAAACUAGUAUGUCUCGAUGUUUCAACUCGUUGGAACGCGACAUAUUUAAUGCUUGAGGUUGCAGAGAAGUUUCAAGCUGCUUUUGAUAAGCUUGAGUAUGAAGAGUCGAGCUAUAGGGAGUUCUUUGGAAAAGGUAGUCCUCCUAGUAGUGAUGAUUGGGACAUUGUUAGAGCUUUCAUCUCUUUUUUAAAGUUAUUCUAUGAAGCAACUAAUGUUUUUUCCACCUCUCAAAGUGUGAGUUUGCAUAGUGCUUUUCACCAAGUGUCUGCGAUCUAUUGUGAGCUGAAGCAAGCUACUAUGAACUUGAAUGGUGUUUUUGCAAGUGUGGGUGGGGACAUGAUGGAAAAGUAUAAUAGAUAUUGGGGGUGUGCUACUAAGAUGAACAAGUUGAUUUAUUUUGGAAUCAUUUUGGAUCCAAGAUACAAGUUGAGUUAUAUUGAGUGGACUUUUAAGGAUAUGUAUGGAGUCGGAUCUGUGUUUGCUACCGGGUUGAUCAAAUCUAUAAAAGAGAGCUUACAAAAAUUGUAUGAUUGGUAUAAGCAAUCUUAUGACCAAAAUCAUAAUAGACAACCUCUUGGUAAUGGUGAAAACAAUGUUUCCAAUGAUGAAACAACAGCUGGCCGUCCUUCACUAAUGGCUAGAGCCGAUGCUUUUGAGCAACAUUUAGAAGAACAAGACUCGAUUGAUCAACAAAAUGAGCUUGAGGGUUUUUACUCUAGUAAGUGUGUCAAAAGGGAUCCUAAAUUUGACCUUCUUGUGUGGUGGAAACACAAUUCAACACAAUAUCCUAUUUUAUCUACAAUAGCUAAAGAUAUUUUUGCCACACCAGUGUCUACGGUUGCAUCAGAAAGUGCCUUUAGUACGGGAGGGAGAGUCUUAGAAACUUAUAGGAGCUCCCUAAAACCUGAAAUGACAGAGGCAUUAAUUUGCACCCAAAAUUGGUUAAAGCCGUCUUUUACCUAUUUCAAAGACUUGAACCUCAUGGAAGAUUUUGAGCUUUCCGAAGAUAUUAUAGCAGAAUUUGAAGAAAUUUCUUCUACAGCAAGAAGAGGAUCUUUACCGUCUCAGCCACAACCUUCUGGUUGUGCUUGAAAAAUAUGGAGUUCAACUAUGUUUUUUGAAGUCAUAUGUGACUUAUAUUUUGUGACUACUCAAUGGUCAAAUAAUAUAUAUUUUGUCCUAUGGAUUUUGGAGAUAUUCAAGCUAGCCAAAUUUUGAACAUUUUGAGGCCAUGCAGGAACAAUUUGGAGCUAAGACAUUUUUGAUAUAUGUAGAACCUGUGUUUAGCAAAACAGGAGAAACAAUUGGAGUAAACUAUAUGGGAAUGGAAAUAACAGAUCAGGUGAGAAAAAGAGAAAGAAUGGCUAAGCUAAGGGAAGAAAUUGCAGUUCAGAAAGCUAAGGAAACAUAACUUAAUAAAACCAUUCACAUUACAGAUUGCUGAUUUCGAUCUGUCGAAUCAAGCCCCUGAUGCAGCAACGCGUCUUCAUUCUACCUGUGUUCUUGGAACCUUUGGUUAUCAUGCUCCAGAAUAUGCAAUGACCGGAAACCUCUCUUCAAAGAGUGAUGUUUACAGUUUUGGAGUCAUACUGUUGGAACUCUUAACCGGGCGUAAACCUGUUGAUCAUACACUGCCCCGAGGACAGUAAAGCCUUGUGACAUGGAUGGCUGCUGUUGCUGCACUCUGUGUUCAAUAUGAAGCCGAGUCUCGACCAAAUAUGAGCAUCAUCGUCAAAGCUUUACAGCCUCUAAUGAAUAAUACAUGUUCUGGCUUAUCUUUUUGGGGUAUUUCUCCAUUACCAAUUUAGUGGAAAUUUCUCUAGGUUAUGGUUGAAAAUCUAUCAGAAGAAGAGAUUAAAGGUCUCAAGGAAAUGUUUGCAAACAUGGACACUGAUGGUAGUGGCACCAUCACCUAUGAAGAAUUGAAGACAGGUUUGGCUUGAAUUGGAUCAAGACUGUCCGAGACUGAAGUGAAGCAACUUAUGGAAGCUGUAAGUCGUUACAAAUCCGUUACAAAAGCAUAACUAGUUGAACGCAUGACUAUUAUCUUAAACUCAACAAGAAUUGUCUUACUUGUGAGUGGAAAUAUGUUGCUUUCUAAUGGAGAAGACCAGACUCAGCUGCUGCCUUCAGAAACUGAAACUCAGGUUUCAAACUCUGAUUCAGUUGAAGGGUUAUUACCGGUUUCAAAAGUUUACAAUGAGACAUCUGAAUGAACCAACCAUGUGCAGAUGUAAUAUGGACAGUCAACUGUUUGAUAUACUUUCAAAAGUUCUCUUGUUUCUCAUGUAUUUUGAGUUUUUGUAUAUGAUACAGUGG